AUGGAGCUCCUCGCACUCGUGCUAAACUGUGGAAUGAGCAGCGAUGAUCUCGCCUCCACCCUCGAAAAGCUCAGGGAGCAGUCCAAAAGCAUCGGCGCGCACAAGAAAAGGCAACUCUUCUGGGACUGCUACACGAAGAUGGCUUCCAAGGCGAACAACCUCGCGGACGGAACGUUCUGCUUCUUCAAGUACAGCGCGGACACGUCAAAGGACGACACGGAGGGCGACGUCGAGGUGGUGGAGCUCACCAAGCGACAAAAGGGUAUGGUGAACGGCGGUGGCGUCGAGUUAAUGGGACCCCGGUUCAAGCCUCCCGAGGAUCCAUCCUCGAAGACGGUGGCGUACGCGUGGAUGGAGGGCGCGGCGCAGACGGCGUGGGACGAUCUGAUGCACGGUGAGCCGUGCAUCUAUAUCACCCCCGAGUCCGUGUGGGUGGGUACCCGGCACAAGCGCGCCCUGUGCAAGGCGACCGGGUCGCCGCUCAAGACGGUGAAGGAUGUCGAGAAGCUGGUGGCGGAGCUCAAGCCGGAUGCGCCGCUCCGCUCCGUCUCUUUCCACGGAAACGAGCCGCCCGCCGUGAACGCGUACAACACCUUCCUCGCGGGUUCGUUCAAGCUCGACGGACCGCUGCCGGCGACGAUAGGUUCGGUCAACACGACGUCCACCAACGAGAUGUACGACUACUUCGCGCAGAGGAAAAACAUGAGCAACAUUGACGAGGCAAACAAGUUGAUCUCUCAGAUGCUGGCGGACGUUGGGAAGGGUCUGACGCCGCUCAUAUGCGCGAGCAGCACGAAGGAGGCGUCAGUAGCGUACAAGAGCGCGCUGAUGAAGAAGAUUUACCUGCACGAGAGCAUGAAGAAGUUCAUCGCCAAGGCGAAGGAGGACGGGCAGGUUGAGGUGUGCGUGAUCAAGGGGGAGGACGAGUCGAAGAUGGGGGCGUUUGCCCAGUACGGGAAGCUCGUGUUCGAGAUGUUCUACAGGUGCGAUCUCACCACGAUGGGUGCGUGA